UAUUUAAAAUGCGAGUUCUACUCAGUUUAUUAUUUGUAGUAGCAUCGUAUGGCGUUCUUGGAGAAGAAACUAAGCUUUGUACCUGUAUCUCUGGUAACUUAACUACUCCAACGGAAACAUUUGACCCAGAAGCUUUUAAGAAAUAUGGACUUACUCCAAAACACAUACCCAUUCCUCCCAAAGAUAUGCUAAUGGGUGCUUUUGAGACAGCAAAUGUGGUGUUAGGAAACUUCAUUGAUCCACUGCGAACUCUUGAUACUGCAUAUGUAAAGUAUCCAAACGGAAAAGAUGACGUUAAAUACACAUUAUUCUUGUUGGAUUUUGAUGCAGCCCAAAGUCGUCACCCAGAUGUAUACAUCAUUGGGUUGUUCGUGAAUGCACCAAGUAGCAAUCUAAUUAUCAAUAGUGACACAGUUGUAAAUUACGUACCGCCUUUGCCCCGUGUGGGAACUGGUACCCAUCGCCCAACAGGGCUUUUAUAUGAACAAAACGAGCACAUAGACCCAGACCAAACGGAGUUGACAAAACUGUUGAAAACUCGUGUAUUACAAGUGGAAGAAUUCGUAAAGAAAUACAAUCUCAAAGCUGAGCCUGUAGCGGGAAAUUUCUUCACCACUUCCUUGUCGUAUUGCGAAGACGUUAAUUAAACAAAUAGAUUUAGAAUGAAUAUGUUUUUUAGUGGAAA